GCGGAGUCGGUGCGGGUUGGCGAGCGCCGCGCUGCCUGCGGUGGGCCAGGGAGUAGUUGGUGCGUGCGCGCUGCGCCUCUGUGUGCCGGUGCGCGCCUGGGCCCCCAGCCCGCAGCCGCAGCGAGACGCGCGCCUGGGCCCCCCGCGAUGGAGCCGACCGAGGUGCUGAAGCCACGGAGCCUGGCGGACCUGAUCCGCAUCCUGCACCAGCUCUUCGCCGGCGACGAGGUCCAUGUGGAGGAGGUGCAGGCCGUCCUGGAGGCCUACGAGAGCGACCCCGCCGAGUGGGCGCUCUACGCCAAGUUCGACCAGUACAGAUAUACCCGAAAUCUUGUGGAUCAAGGAAAUGGGAAAUUUAACCUGAUGAUUCUGUGCUGGGGUGAAGGACACGGCAGCAGCAUCCAUGACCACACCGACUCCCACUGCUUUCUCAAGAUGCUGCAGGGAAAUCUCAAGGAGACGCUGUUUGCCUGGCCUGACAAAAAGUCUAACGAGAUGACCAAGAAGUCGGAAAGAACCUUGAGGGAGAACCAGUGUGCCUACAUCAACGAUUCCAUCGGCCUGCACCGCGUGGAGAAUGUUAGCCACACGGAGCCAGCUGUGAGCCUGCACUUGUACAGCCCGCCGUUCGACUCGUGCCAUGCCUUUGAUCAGAGGACAGGACAUAAGAACAAGGUCACCAUGACGUUCCACAGCAAAUUUGGAAUCAAGACUCCAUUUGUGACUGCAGGUUCGCUGGAGAACAACUAAGGAGCAGCACGCCCACUGCGGGGGUACGAGGUCCCCUGGACGCGGUCUGCGGGCAAGCCUCCCUCCGCCGCUGUUGGGGACACACUCAAGGAAGCCAACGCGUCUGUCUCCUGGAAGGCAGGUGCUAAUUCUACAGCAUUACGUCAGCAAGCAGCGUCUGAGCUACCGGAAAUCUCACAGAAGACAAAUAAGUCUUGUGAUUCAAAGGCCAAAUCAAAUGCUCUCCCAUUUCUAUCUCUGAACCCAUUGAAAGCAAGCGGAGUUCCCGUUAGGGGUUUUCUUAAAUAGCUUUUGGAAACACUUUGGUCUCUGCACUGUAAGUAGCAAUAAGUAAAAAAAAAAAAAAAAAAAAAAAAAAAAAAAAAAAAAAAAAAAACCAGACAUGAGAUGCCUGCUCUGUUAUUUGGGGGCUCAGUGUAGAUGGACUUUGUAUGUUCUUAAGAGUUGAAGAGAAAUUUCUGCAUCUGGGGAUUUUAUCUUUUCAACCUCAUUUUGCAAAUUCCUUUUCUAUGGGUGACAGGCACAUGGCCAUUUGUUACUGAAAUGAAGGGCAAAGGAUUAAACCCAAACCCGUAAUGAAGCCAAAACAGGAACUUGUGUCUCUUAUGUCCAUGGUCAUAGUCAAAGAUUUUGUACUGCUUCCAAAGGAGCCAAACGAUUUUAAUAAAACUGGAUUUGAGCACA